GUGGCCGAAAGUUUUGAAAUGAUAACGAAUUCUCUUUAUUGAUUUAAUUGAAUUAAGUAAUUAAUUUAAGGAUAAAUUUCAUAAUAGUAAAAUCACAUUAUUCUUUUGUUCUCUUUUCUUUCAUUUCUUAUAUUUUUGAGAGGAUAGUAAAUGGCUACUGUUUAAGCUUUAUUUUAUCCCUCCCAAAACCCCCCUUUAGAAUUUACAAAAAUAAAAAUAAAAAAGUUACAAACUAGAAAAUACUUUAAUCCUUUUAUUAAUUUUAAGUCUUACUCUUCACUUCAAUGAACUCUUACGGGCUUUUACAUUUUGUUUUUGAGAGACUUGUUUAUUACCUAAUGAUUUUCAUAUUGUAUUAUCCAAUAUAUUGAAUUAAAAAAAAAAAAAAAAAAAAAAAACUACUUAAUUUAUUCAAGUUGCUAGAUAAUCUUCAGAAUCUACGUCACCCGAGAGAGACGGUGCAUGUACGCCUGUGCAGCACGACAUCAGAACAUUCCGUUACUCCAACCCAACGACUCUCACAAAAUCAGCUACUGUUAAAUAACGCGCGAACCGGUCCUAUGUCUUCUUUCUCUCUCUUCUCGGAGACUAAUCAGAGCUUUCUCAAAAUCGCCAUAGCAUCUACGACGUCGUCUGAAACCCAUUUUGCGACUCCUUUUUCUCUCUCGAUCGCCUAAAGAAUGUUCCAAUUGUUUCAUUGAUCGAUCGAUUGAUUGAUCAAUCGAUAUUAAGAGGAUUAAGGCCACAAUGUCGAUGCGAGGUCGUGCUUCGUUUGCGCUUCUCCCUUGUUUGAUCCUACUCAGUCGGAUUCCAGGAUUCAUAUCAUCAGCAAUUGUCACACUUGACUCUAUUGAAAUUUUUAACACUCAUGAGUGGCUAACAGCCGAUCCAACGGUUUACUUUCACUGUAAGAGGGAUCACAAGACUGACUUGCCAGAUGUGAAGAAAGCAAAUGUCUUAUAUUCCUUCAAGGGUGAAGAGUCUUGGCAGCCUCUGACAAAACUUAAGAAAGAAAAAUGCAAGCGAUGUGGGUUCUAUGAGAAGGACAGCAUUAAGUCAGAUGAUAUAUUAGAUGAAUGGGAGUUUUGCCCUUCUUAUUUUACUGACAGUGAUGGAAAAUACAACCAUUUCAAAGACAAGGAAUUCAAUGCUACAUUUUCGUGUCCAAACUGCGAAUCUCUUGGAAGUGAUUCUGAUCAUUCCUCUUCCGCGGGAGGGAAGGGAAUGCAUUGGGCUCUAGUGAUAGUGAUCAGCAUUGCAGUUUCAGCUGUCUUCAUUCUUGGACUGGUGGCGGGAUACAAGUAUUGGCAGAAGAGAAAGAGAGAGCAAGAUCAAGCCCGGUUCCUGAAACUGUUCGAAGAUGACGAUGACAUUGAGGAUGAAUUAGGUAUUGGCCCCAUUGGCAGUGUACUUUAAAAUUAACAUCUUUUGUUGCAUCAAAACCCCAUAUCAUAUGUAUAUGUAUAGUACCUUGGAUUGUAUAGUUCCUAUAGUUCUUUGUGCAAUUAUUUUUAAUGCGCAAAUGAGUGUGUGACAUAAAUAGUGUCCAAGUGUUGGUGGGAUUGAGUUUGAUACUGAGGCUUUAACCCAUCGUGG